AUGGCAGCAGACAAUGAAUUAAAUUUAUGCUCAAUUUGCAGUAAACUUUCAGCUAAAUCAUUUUGCACCGGAUGUAAAAAAUACUUUUGUCGAAAAGAUUUCAAAGAACAUGAAGAACAAUUAUUGAUUAGAUUUGAUAAUGAAAUAGUCAGAUCUCAUGAUGAACUUCUUGAUUUAAUACAGAAAUUAGAAAAAUCAAAUUAUUUAUCAUUACAUGUUUUUGAUCAAAUUGAACAAUGGAAGAAAACAACAAUCAAUAAAGUGAAAAAAGCAGCAGAAAAAGUUCAACAUGAACUUAUUCAAUUAGCUGAAAAUUAA